AUUGUUUUUCUUAUAUAGUAGGAGUAAUGGAUUUGGAUUUCCAAAGAGUUAAAAUAUAUAGCUCACAAACCCAAACUUGUGCACUCUCUAGCUAGUGGACCAGAUAUGAAAAUUAACAGUGUCAACAUCGAUGAGGUUGUCCUCCAAGAUUUGUGCAAGCCGAGAUCUUCCUCGGGUGGACGGAAAAUUCAAAAAGUUCCAUCAUGUUUACGAGAUGAGAACAAGGACCAUCUUUACGUUCCAAAGAUUGUUUCUUUUGGGCCUUAUCAUCAUGGAAACCCAAAGUUUCAAAUUACGGAGGAAUACAAAUAUAAAGUGAUGCACCGCUUGAUUCCAGGGGACGAUGACGUGGUUAAUAUUUACAAUAGUUUUCUUGUUAGCAUCAAGGAAAUCAGAGAUUGUUAUGUUGAAGGUUCUACGGACCGUUAUAGUGAUGCUGAGUUAGCUCGAAUGUUGCUCCUCGAUGCGUGUUUACUUUUGAGCUUUAUGCUAGAUAUCAGAUCUGCUGUUAGUGCACUUGACCUAGCAACAAUAUAUGCAAUUAUAGAUGAUAUAUUAUUACUCGAGAACCAAAUUCCACUCUGGAUUCUCAAGAGGUUGGCCACCUCGAUAUUUGGUGAUGGUAAUAUUAUUGCACAAGAUAUAAAUUACUCCUCCUGGAAGGAAUUGCUUGGCAAGUUCUGCAAGAAAUUGGUUUUCUCCGUGUUUGAAGAGGCAAUUAUUGAAUUAGGGAGUAGCGAUGAUGAUUGUCUCUAUCUUUGUGAUGAUGAUUGUCUUCAUCUUCUUCAACUUUUUAGGGAAGUAUAUGUCUCUGGUUACGAUACUGGACGGCGUAAUGCAUUACCCCCGUCAACCUGCUUCCAAAAGUAUUUCAGAUGCGCCAGAGUUUCCAAAAAUCAAAGAGAAGUUGAUGGUAUCAACUCGUUUGAGUCAGUUAGAGACCUCAAAUCAAAAGGCAUUUUGUGUAAGCCAAGUAGCCUAAAAACUCUCACAGGAAUCAAAUUCAAAUCUCACUACUUGUUUGCGCAGCUCGAGCUUCCACCUUUACGUAUCGAUACCAUCUCCAUGGUAACGUAUGCGAACAUGAUAGCUUAUGAGAUGAGCAUUGACACAUCGGCAAUGGCAAUUGACUUUCAGAUAACAAAUUACAUCAACUUUAUGAAAUCGCUCAUAAUAAGCGCUGAGGAUGUCAAAGAAUUACGAGAGCAAGGAAUACUCUUCAACGGUUUAGGAACAGAUAAGGAAGUCGUCAAAGUGUUGCAAGAGAUUCCCGCUGGUCCUUUAAUUUCCUUUGGUAGCUUUUUGGAUGUCAAACGGGAAAUUCAACAUCAUACUAGCAGCAAAAAGGGAAUAUUUUUGGCAGAGUUGUUUUCGACUCAUUUUAGUAGUCCAUGGUCAAUUAUGACUUUGCUUGUAGUAAUUGUACUACUUGGCUUAACUCUUGCCUAAACCUAUUUCACUAUCUAUCCUAGGAAGUAAUGUAUUUAUGUAGCCACUAUUCUAUAUGUACUUUGGUAUUUGGAAUUAAUAAGCUCUAUAGUUUUGCUUUU